UCACUGUCAUGCAGUUGAAGUCUAAUGUGGAUAUCUUUUUCUAAAGCUAUUUUUCCCGUGAUUAUACUUUCAAAUAUAUAUAAACUGAAUUCACAAACGUGUUAGAUAAAAAAUCAUAGAACUAAACACACCAACUCACCUCACAUACCACACACUAGAGAGAGACAAAAUUGCAGCACUCCAUGUUUGAAUUUUUGCAGCAACGUUAUUAGCCGUAAUUUCCCGGCAAAUAUUCUAACUGUACCUUCAAAAUGUCCAAACUACCCCUCUUCAUAUUAAAAAUCCCGUUUUACUUGUUCCUAUUACUAACCUUCAUUUUACCCUCCAAAGUAAUUUCGCAAACCACAAAUAGCGAAGAAACAAUUCUUCUCACUCUUAAACGUCAACUGGGUAAUCCGCCGUCGCUCCAAUCAUGGAAACCAUCACCGUCUUCGCCGUGCAACUGGCCGGAGAUCAGGUGCAUCGGCAGCACCGUGACGGAGCUUCUCCUUCCGAGCGAAAACAUCACAACACAGAAACUCCCGUCCACAAUCUGCGACCUCAAGAACCUCACUAAGCUUGACCUCUCCAACAACUCCAUCGCCGGCGAGUUCCCGACGUGGCUGUACAACUGCACCAACCUCCGGUACCUCGACCUCUCCCAAAACUACUUCGCCGGCGAAAUCCCCAACGACAUCGACCGUCUCAAAACACUGACGUACCUUAACCUCGGCGGCAACAGCUUCAUCGGGGAUAUCCCGGCGGCGACCGGAAAACUCGCAAAUCUUCAAACGCUUCACCUCUUUCAAAACAACUUCAACGGAACUUUUCCGAAGGAAAUCGGAGACUUAUCCAAUCUCGAAACCUUAGGUUUAGCCUACAACUUCAAACUCAAACCCAUGGCGAUCCCGUCGGAGUUCGGAAAAAUGAAGAGCUUGAAGUUCAUGUGGAUUUCACAGUGUAACUUGAUCGAAAACAUUCCAGAAAGUUUCGUGAAUCUCACAAAUCUCGAAUACUUAGAUUUAUCGACGAACAAUUUGACAGGAAACAUACCGAGGAAUUUGCUUUCGCUGAAGAACUUGAAUUCUUUGUUCCUUUACCAGAAUAGGUUGAUUGGUGUAAUACCUAAUUCGGUUCAGGCAUUGAAUUUAACAAACAUAGACUUGGCAACUAACAAUUUAACUGGUUCAAUACCCAAAGAAUUUGGAAAGUUGCAGAAUUUGACGUUUCUGCACUUGUAUUCAAACCAGUUAUCUGGUGAAAUUCCUAGUAGUUUAGGGUUAAUCCCAAAUCUGAGAAACUUUAGGGUUUUUGACAAUAAGUUGAAUGGAACAUUGCCUUCAGAAUUGGGAAAGUAUUCAAAGCUUGUGGCUUUUGAAGUUGCAGAUAAUAAACUCGUUGGUGGGUUACCAGAACAUUUGUGUGAUGGCGGUGCUUUGUUAGGUGUGAUUGCUUUUUCUAAUAAUCUCAGUGGAAAUUUACCAAAGUGGUUGUUUGAGAAUUGUGCUUCUCUUACCACUAUUCAGCUUUACAAUAAUAGAUUUUCAGGGGAAGUUCCUUUGGGUUGGUGGAAUUUGACUAAAUUAUCUACUUUGAUGUUAAAUGAUAACUUUUUUUCUGGUCAACUUCCAACUAAAUUAUCAUGGAACAUGUCUAGACUUGAGAUCAGAAACAACAAUUUUUCAGGUCAAAUAUCUGUUGGAAUUUCUUCUGCUUUGAAUAUGGUAGUUUUUGAUGCAAGAAACAACACACUUUCGGGUGAAUUUCCAAAUGAAUUAACGAGUUUAUCUCAGAUCACUACUCUAAGGCUUGAUGGUAAUCAACUCUCUGGAACACUUCCAUCAGAGAUAAUAUCGUGGCAAUCGCUUAGUACUCUAACAAUCUCAAGAAACAAAAUUUCGGGUCAAAUCCCGGUAGCUAUGUCUUCUCUUCCUAAUCUUAUUGAGUUGGAUUUGUCUGAAAAUAACAUAACUGGUGAAAUCCCACCACAGCUUGUGCAAUUGAGGUUUAUUUUUCUCAACUUGUCCUCCAACAAGCUAACAGGGAACAUUCCUGAUGAGUUUGACAACCUUGCAUAUGAAAACAGUUUCUUGAACAAUCCUCAACUAUGUGCUCACAAUGAAAAAUUCAAUCUUUCAAGCUGCUUGGCAAAAACCACACCACACUCCAGAAGCUAUUCAUCUUCGAAAUCGAAACUCCUUGCUCUGAUUCUUGUUGUCAUUGUCGUUGUGUUGUUGGCCAUCGCCUCUUUGGCCUUCUGCACAUUGAAAAAGCAUUGCGGCAAAAAGCAUUGCAGCCGUAAGCUUUCAACAUGGAGACUUACCUCAUUCCAGAGGCUUGAUCUCACCGAAAUAAAUAUAUUCUCAAGUUUGACAGACAAUAACCUCAUAGGAAGUGGAGGGUUUGGGAAAGUUUACCGAGUAGCUUCAACUUGUCCAGGUGAGUACGUCGCAGUGAAGAAGAUUUGGAAUGUCAAAGAGGUGGAUGACAAAUUGGAGAAAGAAUUUAUGGCUGAGGUUGAUAUUCUGGGAAACAUUCGGCAUUCCAAUAUAGUGAAGCUUUUGUGUUGUUAUUCAAGUGAGAACUCCAAACUUCUUGUUUAUGAAUACAUGGAAAACCACAGCCUAGACAAAUGGCUUCAUAGAAAGAAGAAGAAAACAUCAGUUUCAGGAUUGAGUUUGCACGUGUUGAGUUGGCCAACGAGAUUAAACAUUGCCAUUGGUGCUGCACAAGGCCUUUGUUACAUGCACCAUGAAUGUUCAAUGCCAAUCAUUCACCGAGAUGUCAAGUCCAGCAAUAUACUGCUUGACUCGGAGUUCAGGGCGAGUAUUGCAGAUUUUGGGCUCGCCAAGAUGUUGGCAAAGAAUGGCAAACCAUACACCAUGUCUGUUAUAGCAGGGUCUUUUGGAUACAUUCCACCAGAAUAUGCAUAUUCAACCAAGAUUGAUGAGAAAGUUGAUGUGUACAGCUUUGGAGUUGUGCUUCUAGAGCUCGUGACGGGAAGAGAGCCUAACAAUGGAGGCGACAAUGCAUGCAGCCUGGUUGAUUGGGCAUGGCAGCAUUAUAGUGAAGGUAAAUGCAUCACUGAUGCCUUUGAUGAGGAUAUCAGAGAAACAAGUUAUGCAGCAGAGAUGACAAGUGUCUUCAAAUUAGGCCUCAUGUGCACAAGCACGUUACCCUCCACUAGGCCUUCCACAAAGGAGAUUUUGCAAGUUCUUCGUCAGUGUUCUUCAGGUUCUACGUGUAACAGAUUGGCAACUGAGUUCGAUAUUACUCCUCUUAUUGGGAAUACAACUUACAUUUCCAGCUACAAAGAUAGUAGAACUGUAAGUGAAAAUGAAGAAAGUUGCUUAUAUAGUGUAUAACGGUAGCAUUCCAUGCUAAAGGUAUUUCAAAAUAAUGGUACGGUACCUAGUACAAUGUAACUACCUCAAAUGAAAUCAUAGAAAUAUUUCAAAAUACUGGUACGACAUAACUACCUCAAAUGAAAUAUAAGUAUUACACCGAA